AUGAUAGCAGAUAGAGCCCUGGCUAUAAAAGCACUCCAGAGCCACUCCCUUUCCUCAUCUCUCCCACCGAUCACCUCCUCCUCGAUCCCCCAAUCAACCAUCAAGAAAAGAAACUAGCUCGCCAAGCUUCGAUCCACAUCAAUGGAGGGCAAGGAGGAGGACGUGCGCCUGGGCGCGAACCGCUACUCAGAGCGGCAGCCCAUCGGCACCGCCGCACAAGGCGGGGACUCAGAGAAGGACUACAAGGAGCCCCCUCCGGCCCCAAUCUUCGAGGCCGAGGAGCUCACCUCCUGGUCCUUCUACCGCGCCGGCAUCGCCGAGUUCAUCGCCACUUUCCUCUUCCUCUACAUCAGCGUGCUGACGGUCAUGGGCGUGAGCAGCUCCUCCUCCAAGUGCGGCACCGUGGGGAUCCAGGGCAUCGCCUGGAGCUUCGGCGGCAUGAUCUUCGUGCUCGUCUACUGCACGGCGGGCAUCUCCGGCGGGCACAUCAACCCGGCGGUCACCUUCGGGCUGUUCCUGGCCAGGAAGCUGUCGCUCACCCGGGCCGUGUUCUACAUGGUCAUGCAGUGCCUCGGCGCCAUCUGCGGCGCCGGCGUCGUGAAAGGGUUCCAGACCGGGCUUUACAUGGGGAAAGGCGGCGGCGCGAACUCCGUGGCUGUUGGGUAUACCAAGGGCGAUGGGCUUGGGGCGGAGAUUGUGGGCACUUUUGUGCUCGUUUACACUGUGUUCUCGGCUACUGAUGCUAAACGUAGCGCCAGAGACUCACAUGUUCCGAUCUUGGCGCCGCUGCCGAUCGGGUUCGCGGUGUUCCUGGUGCACCUGGCGACGAUCCCCAUCACCGGAACCGGGAUCAACCCGGCGAGGAGCCUGGGUGCUGCCAUCAUCUACAACAGGAAGCAGGCGUGGGACGACCACUGGAUUUUCUGGGUGGGUCCGUUCAUUGGAGCCGCGCUGGCUGCUAUCUACCACGUGGUGGUGAUCAGAGCCAUCCCCUUCAAGAGCCGCGACUAAUUAAAUCAAAUCAAAUCAGUCAGUCAGUCAGUCGAUCAGUCAGUUGUGUGGUGAAUGGUGAUCGUGCGCCUAGCUACGUGGAUCAUUUGGCGCGCUGUAAUUAUCUAUCUAUAAUUAUCGUCCGUCCUGCUCUGUUUGUCUUGAGUGUGUGUGCAUGGGCACAUGGUGCUUCUUAAUGGCUGCACCUAGCUUUCUUCAGCUCUCCUUUUUUUUCAGAAGAAAUGUGACACCUUCAGCUAUAUAUGCAUGUAUAAUCUGGAGGAGAAUUUCACUACUUGUUCCCCCUGUUUUUCUUACCGUAUGAUGGAGUGCGAAAUUACCAUCAAAGCAUGGAUGUAAAUUAAGGAAGGAACCCUCUAUAUAUCGAUCUAUGAGAAGAAUACAUUUAGUAAUAUGUAUGGAUGAUCAUUCGUCA